GAGCUCAGCAAAAUGGAGCUCGAGCAGGCCCGUGAGCAGCACGCCGAGAUCGACAGCGAAUACGCGGCCUUCCUCCAGCAGAGGAAGGACAAGGACGAGGAGUUCCGCUUGCGGUGGCAGGGCGAGCGGCUGGCAGCAUCGCUCAAGGGAACCCUGGAGAACCACUUCACAACGAAGGGGGACCACACGGGGGCCGCGAAGACCGCGUCCGACAAGCUCAGCCGCGCAGAGCAAGGCUGGCCCCAGCCGAUCAUUGGCAAGACCGACAAGACCUCGGAGGACAUGGACACCAGGCAGGCCUGGACAAUGCUCGAGCAGGCGAUGUCGAACAAGGUCGCGGUCGGACAGGCGCACAAGGUCAUCCAUGCCCACUACCCACGGCACACGCCGCCUGCCUCAAAGGCGGCCAAGGCGUAA